AUGUCGCUUUUGAUAAAUGGCUCACCUUCUAAAUCUUUUAAGAUGGAACGAGACUUACGACAAAGGGAUCCUCUUUCUUUGUUUCUUUUUGUUCUUGUUGUUGUUGAGGUCCUUCAUAGGAUGGUAGGAGAGGUUGUAAGACAUGGAAGGAUCUCUCCUUUGUUGGUUGGAAAAGACAAUAUUGAGUUGUCUCACUUGCAAUUUGCGGACAACACAAUACUUUUUUGCUCCCCGGAGGAGGAGACUAUUUGCAAUUAUAAGCGGCUUCUACAGUGUUUUGAGAUGAUGUCUGGUUUGAGUAUUAACUUUGAUAAAUCUAGCUUGAUUCCGGCUAAGACUCUCCUGGAGGACAUUACGAGUUAUAGUUUCACUAGAUCUAUAUGGAGAAGACUAGUACCAUCAAGAGUUGAGCUAUUCACCUGGUGUGGUGUGCUUGGUUAUAUGCCUAUAAUAAACUUUGGUUAUUCCAAGAACCAUUAA